ACCCUACAGUUGAACAGCGGUAAUAUUGAUGCUCAGUCCAAUCUGGCAACCCUACAGUUGAACAGCGGUGAUAUUGAUGCUCAGUCCAAUCUGGACCAGUCUGAUGUCGCUUCGUCUCUGGACAAUACCUGUGCAAAAGGCUAAUAAACUACGGGAUUAUCUGUCAUAUUCGUUUAGAUUAUCCGUGCUAUUAUUAAUGACACACGUAGUCUGUUAGAUAGUGUAAUAAUCGCGGUACAAGUUUACAACCUAUUACAAAUCGUCUGUAGUUUAUUUGCGGUUUAUUGUUAUAUAGAAAGUCAGCGGAAUUGUCAAUAAAACGCGUGACAAUAUCGGACAGAGAGGAAUAUUACGCCAGGCUGUGAUACCGUAAAGACUGUAGUAUAUUACGGGUGAAAUCGGAGCGUCAAACCGCUUUAUUGUAUAAAAAAAAGAGUAGAAUAACAGCGCAGAAUCCCGGUGAAAAGAGCUCAGCGGUUCACCUCAUCAGCCUUCACCGGCGUCCCGGCGCCCAGGAGCGGCUUCGGGAGGUACGCGAGUCCCGAUGCUCCCGGCCUUCUCCACCCCAGCGGGCCGCAAUGGGGGAGACGAAAAUUAUCUACCACCUGGACGACCAGGAGACUCCGUACCUGGUCAAAGUGUCCGUCCCGGCAGAAGAAGUCACACUGGCACACUUUAAACAAGUCCUUAAUAAACCUAACUAUAAAUUCUUCUUCAAAUCAAUGGACGAUGAUUUCGGGGUUGUGAAGGAGGAGAUAUCAGACGAUAACGCCAAGUUGCCAUGUUUCAACGGCCGUGUAGUGUCAUGGUUGGUUUCAGCUGAUGGCUCUCACGGUUCAGAUGGAGGUUCAGUGUGUGCUGAGACUCAGGCUGAUCUUCCUCCUCCAUUAGAGAGGACAGGCGGCAUUGGGGACUCCAGACCACCCUCCUUUCAUGCCAACGCAGCAGGCAGUCAGGACAACCUGGACAAUGAUACGGAGGCCGAGGUUGGCACUUCAGCACGGAGAGACAAAGAGCGAGACAGAGAUAGAGAACGAGAGAGACCACGCAGGAAGGACGCCCAUGAUCAUGGAGCUAGGCUGAACGGUCACUCGCGACCCGAACGCAGGCCCGAGAUUGCGGGUUACGAGACCUCCUCCACGCUCAUGAGCAGUGAACUGGACACCACCAGCUUCUUCGACUCCGAGGAGGACGACUCAACCAGCCGCUUCAGCAGCUCUACAGAGCAAAGCACAUCAUCACGGCUCAUGAGACGACAUCGCCGUCGCCGAAGGAAAACCAAGCCGCCGCGGAUGGAAAGGUCGUCCUCCUUCAGCAGCAUAACUGACUCCACGAUGUCUCUGAACAUCAUCACUGUCACAUUAAACAUGGAGAAGUAUAACUUUCUGGGAAUCAGCAUCGUGGGUCAGAGUAACGAGAGAGGCGACGGGGGCAUCUACAUCGGCUCCAUCAUGAAGGGUGGAGCAGUAGCAGCCGACGGACGCAUCGAGCCAGGCGAUAUGCUGCUCCAGGUGAAUGAUAUUAACUUUGAGAACAUGAGCAAUGACGAUGCUGUGAGGGUUUUGAGAGAAAUCGUGCACAAACCAGGCCCUAUCACACUGACUGUGGCUAAGUGUUGGGACCCAAAUCCCCGCAGCUGCUUCACCUUGCCUCGCAGUGAGCCUAUCCGCCCCAUCGAUCCUGCUGCUUGGGUGUCUCACACGGCGGCGAUGACGGGGGCAUACCCUGUGUACGGCCUGAGCCCUUCUAUGAGCACCAUCACCUCCACCAGCUCCUCCAUCACCAGCUCCAUUCCAGAGACCGAACGCUUUGAUGACUUCCACUUGUCCAUUCACAGCGAUAUGGCAACUGUCGCUAAAGCAAUGGCGUCUCCAGAAUCAGGGCUGGAGGUGCGAGACAGGAUGUGGCUGAAAAUAACCAUCCCAAACGCAUUUAUAGGUUCAGAUGUGGUGGACUGGCUGUAUCAUCACGUGGAAGGUUUCACAGACCGGCGUGAAGCGAGGAAGUACGCGAGCAACUUGCUGAAGGCUGGCUACAUUCGCCACACUGUCAACAAAAUCACCUUCUCUGAGCAGUGCUACUACAUCUUUGGAGACCUCUGUGGCAACAUGGCUAAUCUCUCCUUGCACGAUAAUGAGGGCUCUAGUGCAUCUGACCAGGACACUCUUGCCCCAUUACCCCACCCAGGUGCUGCUCCGUGGCCCUUUGCUUUCCCCUAUCAAUACCCCCUCCCUCAGCCCUUCAGUCCCCAUCCAGGGCAAGAUCAAGUCUACAGCUACCCAGGAGGAGGAGGAGGAGGAGGAGGCAGUGCUGGCAGCCCACACAGCGAAGGGAGUCGGAGCAGCGGUUCCAACCGCAGUGGUAAUAAAGCCAGUGCGUUGGAGACAAAGUCGGGCGGGAGCGGUAGUGAGACUGAGAAAAGAGAGAAAGCACCUAGUGAGCGUUCAGCAGCCCCACCUAGUGAGCACAGUAUCCGCAGUGCCCACAGCGCGCUCUCUCAACAAGGCCAAAACUCAUCGUACGGACCACCUGCAGCUGCCGCACCGGGGUCUCCACCAGGCCGAGACCUGGCCUCAGUGCCCCCUGAACUCACAGCGUCCCGCCAGUCCUUCCGCAUGGCUAUGGGCAACCCCAGCGAGUUCUUCGUGGAUGUCAUGUGAUGCCGUGACCUGACAGUCGUGCAGAUAGAGAUUUCUGGAAAAUGUGCUUGUUACCCUUGGAAGUGAUAAAGGGGUAGCUGAGUGUUCCAUUGCAUUGUCCUUCCUGUGUCCUGUGGCUUGUACUUUCUUCAGUGAAGAAGACUGGGCUGGAUGGAGCUCCCAUCCCUGUGUCCUGUUGAGGAAGACUCUGCGGGACAGACGGAUGAGCUCAGAGUGGCGUGAAACCUUUGUGUGGUGUCCUUUUUUAUGUCCCACAUUUCUGUCUGCCUUUUUCCUUUUGGUGGUUUCAUAACCUCAUCAAGAGCCAUUUUUAUCAAAGACUACAAAAGAGAGACCAGGGAGAGGGAAGAUGGAGGUAGAGCCUGCCUCUCUCUCUCUCUCUCGCUCUCUCUCUCUAUCGCUCUCUCACUCUUUCUCUGUCUCUCUCUUUUUCUUUCUCUCUCUCUUUCUUUCUCUCUCUCUCUCUCUUUUUCUUUCUCUCUCUCUUUCUCUCUUUCUUUCUCUCUCUCUCUCUUUCUCUCUCUUUCUUUCUCUCUCUCUCUCUCUCUCUCUCUCUCUCUCUCUCUCUUUCUCUCUCUCUCUGGGGCUUUUUGAUUUUAAUGGAUGAAGUUAAUGGAUGAAGGGAAAUCCGUUCAUAACAAUUCAAAUCAGAUGCUAUGAUGAGAAACUUUAGACGGUUGUUUUAUAUUCAAUGUUUCUUCUUGUACCUUUUCUGUCAUUAAUCAUGUGAAGAGUGGAAAAGAGAGGGGGUGAAAAAUAUGCUUUUUUGUUUUUUUACAGCGGGGUCUCAUUACAGUUACUAGUUCCAGUCCUUAUUUGUUUAUUAUAUUACAGACAAAUAUGAUCGGGUAACCCGUAUAUAUUAAAGACCAUGUCUGCUUAUGGAACACAUACAUUUGACACCAUCAUCUCUCUCUGACAGCAGCAACCUCAGGCUAUGAGUCGUUAUGUCUUUUCGCUUAGCUGAGCUAAAGUUCCGUCCAUCCUACGAAGACAGACAUCUUUAUCCGUAGCGUAGCUGCGAAGAUGACAGUGUUCUCAGACUUGCUUUGUUACCAAAUCCGCCAUUAUUGCUCGCUGCUUUUUUAUAUGAGGUAAAAACUCCUUAUUUGUUCAUAAAUGCAGUUUUAAUGAUAUCUACAAGAAAUGUGGAAACAUUUAAAUGUCACUUAAAACAGUCAUUUUGGUCCGAAUAUCGACACUUUAAUCGAUACAGGUGGCGAUUUGAUGAACAGAAGACGACUAGAACACCACGUUCAUGCAUACACUCAUUUCAUCACUGCAAGUCACUGUACUAUGUUGUCAUCAGUGGACGUUCCUACUAUCGGUUGCCAUAGUAACAGUACAAUAUAUAUUUCGGCGGGUGGCACCACUAGCAUUCAAAUUUUGUUAUAAAUAAUAUAUACUGGAGGGAGAUUCGGUGUUUGUUUAUAGAAUUCACCAGUGUAUACAGUAUAGGCAUCAUAUCACGUGCUCUCGACUGUCUGCGCUCCCAUCGCUAGUCGCCACACCAAAUCGCUCCUAACUUUAUUUGCAUAAAGUGAAACUUUUCUAAAAUCCGUCACGUCACACCCACGUAUCGUUUCCACCUGAAACAAAUCAGUGUACGUGUGAACGUAAAGUAAUAGAGACAACUCCUAAUGCUCUACUCUUACUUCUCAUUUCUAUUUCCUACUACAGUAAGAAUCACGGUUUUAUCUUUUCCUGGGUUUGAGUUCAAUAUCCUGGUCAAUUUCUGAUAUUAAAAUACCAGUAAAUAGUGCACAUUUUAGAUACUACAAUUGAUCAGAACAGGCCACGCCGACGCCACAAAGACCGGGAUCAUCGUUAGCGAACGUUUUGAUUAUUUUAGCAGCUUCACCGUCAUUUCAAUCCUGGUUUAAAAACCAUUCAUUAGGUGUUAGUUUUACUGACAUUCAGAUUUCAUCUUUAUUUAUUUGGUUGCCAGAAAGAUCCUUUUGGAUCCACACUAAGUAGGUAUCACGAUAACAGAAAUCGUUCAAAAACACGUGUUUACAGAUAUGUACUUUCAGAAGGAUUGUAAACCAAACAAACCCACAAAGGAACCACUUACGCUGUAUAUAACUGAAUUAUUAGCACACAGUUAAACAACAUAGAACACUAAAUGUGAUCCUGUUAGUUUUGUAACAUCUGUCCUAUUUAUAAAUGCAGCUCUGUGCACUUUGUUUUAUUUAAAUAAAUAAAAAAAUACUGAAAUCAUUUGAAUAUUAAUCUGGGUUUAGUUUACUAGAGAAGAGAUUGUUUUCGUGCAGGAUUAAUCACUCAUUUUUUGUUAACUAUCUGACUGAACAGCAGACUUUUGAGGCAAACCUGCACUCCUUUAAACUUCCUUCUCUUUCUUACUCUUCCAGGAGAAAUGCAUCACACAAUUCUGUCCGUUGAUUUAUCCAUAACAUUAACGUCCUGUAUUUUUAAAGUCUUAAUGUUUUUUUGUUGUUGUUCUGUAAACUCACUAUUGUUUUUUCCAAAGUACAUUUAUCACAGGUUUUUUAAUGAUUAGAAGCCGAUGCUGUUUAGUAUCAAAUGGUUCAAUUUUAAUAAUCGCUGUACACUGUUUUAUGCCAAAACAAAUUGUUUUUAUUUAUAAACAUAGUUUUAUUGCCUA